AUGGCACCCCAAACCGUGGCCAGCCUUGCAGAACAAUUUCAUGCGUUUCGAGACAAAUUUUUUGACGAUAUCACUGGCAUGGACACCCAACUCUCCAAACUCAGCAUUGACUUCAAAGACGAGUUGGUCCAGGCUCACACACAUCGCGCUGACCUUAAAGACGAGUUGGUACAGGCUCACACAUAUCGUGCGCAGACAGACCUUGCCAUCACCAAACUCCAAGACUCCGUUCAGUUGCUUAUCAAUCACUUUCGGGCUGGACAUGUUGAACCUUCUACCUCCGCGGUGCUCUCGAGUUCAUCUACGCCAACAGCAAAAAGUGGCAUUCUGCCCAAUCCACCGGUGGAUCAAAAACUCAAAGCCGUGCCAUACGGCAUGUCGCAUGGCUCAACUGGGCUCUCGCUUGAUGCACCCAAGGCUCAAUUGGAGCCCCUCUUUUCUUCUGGGUCUCUGCCACCGCCCCAUUAUACCCAACACACAACGGGCCCUCCGCCCGUGACUACUCAGGCUCAUACCCUGCCACCCCUUCCACAUGAUCACGCCACUCAUCGCCAUUUUGACAACGAUGUCAUCUGCCACAUCAAGCCUACCACUCCUACUUUUGAUGGUCAUGGGGAUCCUAUGAUGUUUCUUGAUUGGGUUCAGGCCAUGGAAGAUUACUUCGCCUGGUACGACUUGACGGAUGCUCAUAAACUUCGCAUUGGUAAGUUGACGCUACAGGGAGCCGCUAGACAAUAUUGGAAUUCCGUGGAACAGCAACUAUACCAAUUUGGACAGCCACCUGUGACCCUCUGGGACGAGAUGAAAUUAAAGCUUCGCGAACAAUAUCUUCCCACCUUUUAUCGCCAUCAAUUGUAUGACCAAUUAUGGACCCUUUCACAAGGCAGUUUGACCGUUACUGAAUUCCACGCUCGUUUUGUCAAACACAAGAUACGUGCGGGGAUUCGUGAAGAACCCGACAUCACUAUGUCUCGCUUUAUCCAUGGUCUUCGUGAUGAUAUCAAACGUGAAGUCUGGCAGUUCCGUCCGCAUACUUUGGAAGAUGCAUAUUGCCACGCAUUGGAAGCUAAAACUUUUUUGCGUCCACAACGUAGAUAUACAGGGCAUCUUGGGCACUCUUCCACUCCUACUCCAAACCGUGGUACUCCUAGCUCUAAAUAUGGCGUUUCCGGCCCACCUGCUCCUACAAUACCCGCAACAGAAAAAGGACCAGUCCCAUCCACGACUGCUCACUUCAAAUGCUAUCGUUGCCAUGCUAUGGACCACAUCGCCUCUCGUUGUCCCCACAAAACUUUAACCCUUGGCUCCCUCAAUGAGGACUCUUGUGUGGACAAAUAUGUGGAGCCCCUUGAACCUGUUUAUGAUCCAUAA